UAUAUUAUUGGGUUGGUUCUCUCCUUGUGUUUCCCUCUAUAUCAUUUACAGAAGAAGAAGAAGAAGAAGAAGAAGAAGAAAGGAGAAGAUACCAAAACAUAAACAAGAAAAGAACAGUUGAUCAUCAGAGAUCAAAGUAGAAUUGUGGAGGCAGAAAAUGGCGAGCAUGGUUGGCGGAGAACGAGAACUGAAUCUGAAAGAGACGGAGCUGUGUUUGGGAUUGCCUGGAGGUGGUGGUGGCGAUGUGGAAGCACCAAAGGCUACCGGGAAGAGAGGUUUCUCUGAGACUGUUGAUUUGAAGCUCAACCUUCAAUCCAAGGAUCUCAAUGAUAAUGUCAAGAAUCCUGCAAAUGAUAAUAAUCUUCUUCCUCCUGCUCCAGCCUGCACCAAGGAUCCAUCAAAGCCACCUUCUAAGGCACAGGUUGUGGGUUGGCCACCAGUGAGGUCAUACAGGAAGAACAUAAUGGCUCAGAAGAGCAGUGGAGAGGAGGCCGACAAGGGAAGCAGCGCAGCAUUUGUGAAGGUUUCCAUGGACGGCGCGCCCUAUCUCCGGAAGGUUGACUUGAAGAUGUACACGACUUACCAGCAAUUAUCCGACGCCUUGGCCAAGAUGUUCAGCUCCUUCACUAUGGGUAAUUACGGAGCGCAAGGGAUGAUAGAUUUCAUGAAUGAAAGCAAGUUAAUGGAUCUGCUGAACAGUUCUGAGUAUGUGCCAACCUAUGAAGACAAAGACGGUGACUGGAUGUUGGUUGGCGAUGUUCCAUGGGAGAUGUUCGUUGAUUCAUGCAAGCGCUUACGCAUAAUGAAAGGAUCGGAAGCAAUUGGACUAGCCCCAAGAGCCAUGGAGAAAUGCAAGAGCAGAGCCUGAAAUACAGAAAGUAAUUUAAGCUUGUCAUUGAUGCUCCUCCAUCGCAAAA